AGUUCGGCGGGGGGUCGUACACCGACCAGACGUAUGUGAUGCGCACACACACCGCCAUUGCGACACAGCAGUAGGGAAAUGGCGAAGUUGGAGCUGCUGCCCUUGUGGCUGUCUAUCGUCCUGUCCCUGCCAAUCCUCAGCGCGGCCCAGACCACAAGAGGAAUCAAUGUCUUGUUCGUGAACGACGAAUCAAAUUCGGUGGCGGAGAAAGCUUUGGACGUGGCCUUGAACUAUGUCCGCCGCACGGCCAGCACCGGCAUCCAGUUCGAUUCCUUCCUUCGUGUCAGCUCCAACACUACGGACGCAAAGACGCUCCUCGAGGCCCUGUGCGACAAGUACGACAACUCUUUGAAGACGGAGAAGGGCCCCGAUUUAGUGUUGGACUUCACGCAGACCGGCGUAUCCUCCGAGACAGUCAAGUCUUUCACGCAUGCCCUCGCCUUGCCCACCGUCAGCGCCUCCUACGGCCAAGACGACGACCUGAGGCAAUGGCACUUCCUGUCCGACGACCAGCUCAAGUACCUGGUGCAGGUGUCACCGCCGGCCGACAUGAUCCCGGAGGUCAUCCGGAGCAUCGUCCUCUCCUGGAACAUCAGCAACGCGGGAAUCCUGUUCGACGACUCUUUCGUCAUGGACCACAAGUACAAGUCGCUGCUACAGAACGUGCCCACGCGCCACUUGAUCGCCGCCGUGGAGGAGCCGCGCAGUCUCAAGCGACAGCUCAACCGCCUGCGCGACCUGGACAUCGUCAACUUCUUCGUUCUAGGCCGCCUCAACACGCUCAAGAAUGUUCUGGAUGCGGCAAACGCCAACAAGUUUUUUGGUCGGAAGUUCGCGUGGUUUGCCAUUACACAGGAAAAGGGACAGCUCAAAUGCAGUGCCACCAACGCUACAAUUCUCUUCCUAAAACCGGAACCGGACCCAACUGCCCGUGAACGCCUGGAAAAGCUUCGAACCGAUUUCAGUCUGACAGUUGAGCCGGAAAUUGCUUCUGCUUUUUACUUCGACCUGUCUCUGCGCGCCUUCAUGGCAGUCAAGCAAAUGAUGGACAAGAACCAGUGGCCCAGGCUGGAGUACACGAGCUGCGAGGAGUACGAGGAGGAGAACCCGGUGGUGCGGAAGGGAUACGACCUGCGGCGCGCCCUGCGGGAGGUGCAAGAGCCCCCCUCGUACGCGUCCAUCAACGUGGAGGACCGCAACGGGCACUCGUUCAUGGAGGCCAGCAUGCGGCUGGAGAAGGUGACGGUCAUGAACGGGCAGAGCGUGUCCGCCGAGGUGGAGGGCUCCUGGAAGCUGGGGCUCGACUCGCCACUGAUGAUCAAGGACGUCGCCUCCAUCUCCAACCUCACGGCAGCCAGCGUGUACCGGAUCGUCACCGUCAUUGUGAGGAAAGAGAUCUGGAAGGACAUGUCGCUCAACGACUCCCUGAGCGAGGUGGAGCGCGCCAAGCUGGCCGUGUGGGACUACCCGGUGGGCGACAAGUACACCAAGAUGUGGCAGGCCAUGCUCGACGCCAAGAUGCCCGAAGACCUGGACGCGGCCGUGAAACGAGUGCGCUCGUCCGUGAGCAGUAGCGACGGCUUUGCGUACCUCGGUGACGCGACCGACAUAAGGUGGCUCUCCCAGACAAGUUGCGACCUUCAGAUGGUAGGCGAGGAGUUUUCCCGGAAGCCGUACGCCAUCGCCGUGCAGCAGGGUUCACCGCUCAAAGACCAGUUCAACAACGCCAUCCUGCAGCUACUCAACAAGCGAAAGUUGGAGAAACUCAAGGAGCGCUGGUGGUCGCUCAAUCCGGAGAUCAAGAAGUGCGACAAGCAGGACGACCAGCAGGACGGCAUCUCCAUUCAGAACAUAGGCGGCGUCUUCAUCGUGAUCUUCGUGGGCAUCGGGCUGGCGUGCGUCACGCUCGCCUUCGAGUACUACUGGUACAAGUACAAGCGCAACCCCCGCGUCACGGACCUGGCCGGCGGGCCGCUGCCCAACGCGCCGCGGGUCGGCAAAGGUGGGGGUCUCGGGGGCCAGCAGCAGGGGAGGCUCGCCGUCAUCGGGCGGCCGGACGAGCAGGCCGCCAAGCUGGACGCGGCGACGCUUGGGCAGGUCCUGGGGCAGGGCUACAACUACAGGAGAAAUGGAAACCAGCUGCCCGGGGUGAAUCAGGCAUGGCAGCAUUGAAAGGGAUUAACGUCGACCACAACGAGAUGGGGAAGGAAGUCCAAUGAAGAUGAAUGUUUUAUUUAAGGAAAAUAAUAUUGAGAUUUUAUUGAUUGAUUUUCCACUUCUAUUGUGCCCUAUUUCUAUUCUAUGUUUUCCAUCCCCUUCCAUUCACUAACUGGUGUAUGAUUCUUUUUCAUAUGUGUCAUGUUUUUAUAAGCGUACUGUUUUUGACAUUUAUCUGUUGACUUCUCUUUGUAUGUGUUCUGUUUUUCUGUGGUCUUCAGCCCAUCAUUGAUGGCACUGGUGUAAUACAUCAAAUUUUCUAUUUUGUUCUAUUUUGCCUUGUUUCAACGUCUGUUGAACUUAAGUGACUGAGUGAGUGUGAUAGGUAGACUGGAUAUAUAUUAUAAUGUUGAUAAUUUAAUGUUUGCCAAGAUUUAGUGUAGUAUAAGAUAACACCUACGCCACUUUUCAAAUGAUAAUGGGACCAAAACUCUCUUCAAAGAAAUUCCCUAAACCUUCCCACAACUUAUAACUUACUUACUCUUGCUAGAACAACAAAGUGUGCCUAGCACCAGCAUUUUGAAGCAAAAUUGGCUGCACGCUGUGUGCAUGGGAUUUUUAUGCACAUUACACUGUUAAAGUUGGUUGAGAUUUUCCAAAACUUCAUUGUAACAAUGGUUUUAAAAACUUUGAUAUAUUUGUAUGUGUAAUGUUAUUGUCAUGAGGGCUUGCUUAGUACUUCAGCCAAAAAUUUCUGAACCUGAUUUCCAAUGUGGAGUGGUGGGUCAGUAUGAUACAAUUCAAUUUCAAAACGACAACAAUCCACAUUGGAAAAUCUAGGAACUUUUUGUAUUGGCACAUUUUACGAUUAAUUCUCUGAGAAUUUCUGUCUAUUUACAGUGCAUUCAUUACAUUACUCUCAGGAGGUAGAGUGAAAUCCCCAGGAAUUUGAAGUAGCUAGUAUAACUGGAUUGCUUAAAAAAAUAUGUGAGUGCUAAAUGUGUUUAAUGUUUGUGUUUUAUUGUUACUAAGUUUUAUUAAUAAAAGGAAACACCCAGAAGGAGGAAAUUUUGAA